ACUUGCUGGUUCACCAUUGCUCAUACUGCUCUGAUAUUUCCUUUUAUUUGCAUUUGUAAACUUGCUGCAUUACAUUAGGAACCUUUUGCAUAUAUAUUCUGUUCAGAACCUCAAUGAAGAGAGAAGCUUUUCAAACAUUUCUCCUCCCCUUCACUCUGAUUAAAAACCAUGAAUUCACUGCAAGAACUUGGUUCCAGCUACCGACGCCUUCUUAAAGAUUCCAUAUUCGAACAUCCCUUUGGAAGCCGAGAAAGAAGCAUUACCAUAUGCGUAACUUCUCUCAUCGUGGCCGUCUUUGUUUUCUCUUUAUUCAUCUCCUUCCUCACCUGCUUUCGUCGUCGAAUGAACCCCUCUUCUUCCUCUAAACCGCCCACAUCCUCAUGUAGCACCCAGCUCACUACCAUGCCUGUAUAUAUCUAUGGUGAUUCGUCUUUGAAUCCGUCAUCGUUUGAAUCUAAGAACUGUGUCAUAUGUUUAGCGGAGUUCGAGCAUGGAGACGAGGUUCGAGUCUUGCCCAACUGUAGGCAUGCGUUUCAUAAAGGAUGCAUUGACCAAUGGCUACAGUUGAUGUCGUUGCUUUGUCCACUUUGCCGGGACUGUACGACGGAGGAGGAGAUUCGGACCAUGAGGAGACCUAAUUGCACCAAUGAUUGGGCCCGCAAUCCGGCCUUCAUAUUGGCCUUCGGCCUUGGCAGCAAUAUGCCAGUGCCCUCCCAAAUGUAAUUUGGCUAAAGAACGUAGAUAACAAAAUUAUGAUUUUUAGCAUAAUUUAAUAUUGCAAUUACAGAAUAGUUAGGGCCGUUACGUUCUCGUUGUUUCUUGUUUCUGUUUCCCCCUUUUUAAUAAAGAAAAAAUAGAAUUGCAUGACC